AUUUAACGAGGUUAUCUGUCUGGGCUUGUUUACAUUGGAAUUGCAGCUGAUUAGACGCGAAUCGAGUUUGGGCGUCUCCACAGUGAUCAGUUGAAAGUGAAACUCAUCUACAGAGGAUGCUGGAUGUGGUGGCUGUCCUGCUGGUCACCCUGGCAGUGGCCUUUUGGUUUGUUCGAACGCGAUUUAGUUACUGGACACGACGGGGUAUCGGAAAUGAUCGUGCUCGAUUUCCCGUGGGCAAUAUGGAUGGGUUCCGAAAAACGAAACACUUCAUUGAUAUUGUGACCCCUUUGUAUGAAAAGUUCAAGAACAAUGGAGCGCCCUUUGCUGGUUUUUUUAUGAUGCUUCGACCUGUGGUGUUAGUCACUGAUCUUGAACUUGCCAAACAGAUUCUCAUUCGAGAUUUUGCUAACUUCGAGGAUCGUGGAAUGUAUCAUAAUGAACAAGAUGAUCCUCUGACCGGUCAUCUAUUCCGCAUCGAUGGACCCAAGUGGCGACCCUUGCGACAGAAGAUGUCGCCCACCUUUAGUUCCGCCAAAAUGAAGUACAUGUUUCCCACAGUUUGCGAGGUUGGCAUUGAACUUGGUCAAGUAUGUGGCGAGUUGGCUGAUAAUGCCAUGUGCGGCAUUCUUGAGAUCGGGGAUCUGGUGGCCCGCUAUACCUCCGAUGUCAUAGGACGAUGUGCUUUUGGCGUGGAUUGCAAUGGCCUCCGGAAUCCUGAGGCUGAGUUCGCCAUAAUGGGCAGAAGAGCCUUUUCCGACCGUCGACAUGGCAAAUUUAUUGAUGGAUUCAUCGAAAGUUUUCCUGAUCUUGCAAGAUUUUUGCGCAUGCGUCAGAUCCACCAGGACAUUACGGAUUUCUAUGUGGGCAUCGUACGAGAAACUGUGAAGCAGAGGGAGGAGCAGGGCAUCGUGAGGAGCGACUUUAUGAACCUGCUAAUAGAAAUGAAGCAAAGAGGUGAACUCACGAUCGAGGAAAUGGCCGCCCAGGCUUUUAUAUUCUUUGUAGCUGGUUUUGAUACCUCCGCUUCGACCCUUGGGUUUGCCCUGUACGAGUUAGCGAAACAGCCGGAACUGCAGGAGAAGCUGCGUCAGGAAAUCAAUGAGGCUUUGCAAUUGCAUCAGGGAGAAUUUACCUAUGAUUCCAUGCAGGAGCUGCGCUACAUGGAACUAGUCAUUGCUGAAACACUUCGAAAAUAUCCUAUAUUACCGCAGCUAACUCGAAUCUCCAGACAUUUAUAUGCCGCCAAGGGUGAUCGCCAUUUCUACAUUAAGCCCGGUCAAAUGCUACUGAUCCCAGUCUAUGGGAUUCAUCAUGAUCCUGACGUAUAUCCAGAGCCCCAUAAGUUUAUACCAGAACGGUUUUUGGCCGACCAACUGGCUCAGCGACCCACCGCCUCUUGGCUGCCCUUCGGCGACGGUCCCCGAAAUUGUAUAGGAAUGAGAUUUGGUAAAAUGCAGACGAUCAUUGGCCUGGUCAGCUUGCUCAGAAGCUUUCACUUUAGCGUCUGUCCGCGAACAGACCCAAAAAUCGAGUUUGUGAAGUCGAAUAUUCUGCUCUGCCCCGCAAAUGGUAUUUACUUGAAGGUACAAGAGCUAAGUCAAGUGAGAAGAUAGUGAGUUUUAUUAAACAGCUUUCACCGUUUUUGUAUUCUAAUGUAUAUUUUAAAAUGAUUAUAUUAUUAUUAUUAUAAAAUACAUAUAAUACUAAUACACUUUUUAUCAAUAUACGAAGUAGUUAUUUGUAUUGUAUUUGAUUACAAAUGCAAGACAUGCCAGUUUAAAUCUAACCUAUCUUAUAGCAAGGCUUAAAAUUUGAUUAAAUAUUUGUGUCGACUGGCUUUAUCUGAAAUGUUUGAAAGUAUUUUGUAGAACGCAUUUCGCCAGCGCCCGAGAAAUUCAAUAAUAUGUUCUCUUUUCAUAAUAACACCCUCGACGUUUUGUUGUUCCGUGAGAAGAGUCAAGUUUUGUGUAUCCAUUUGCAAAAAGACAAUAUAAUUGUUCUUUUAAUUCAAUCGAUUACGUAAGCAUGAGAUUGUUAUGAAUAAUAAAUACACUCCCAACAAGC